GUGAUGCUUCCCGAAUCGCCUCGUUCCCCACCUUCCUCGUCGAAUUGUCUGGGCUGCGGACCAGCUCGCCGUGUCCCGUCCGUGCGACUGUGUCUGCGCGCGCGCGGGGGCGCGGGGCGGGGCGGGGAAGGAAUCGGGUCCCCGGGCGCCCCGAUUCGGGCCGCGAUUGGGCGUUCGGCCAGCUGCGAGGACCUGUCUGUGAGUGUGUGAGGGGUCUCGUUCGAACGCCCUCGGGCGCGUCGCGUUUGGUUGGGGCAUUCCUGCUGCAGACCGCGCCCGUCGCGGGAAGCUGCAGGAAGGAAGGGAUUUUGCUUGUCCCGUCGGUGCACGGUUUUUGUUUUUGUUUUUGUCCCACAAGGAUUCUGUGCUGCAACUGCGUGCUUCGGCUCGGUUCGAUACGCAGCGAGCCAAGCUAACUUCAUGGUUCAGGGAUGUACUGUGGUGUGGAGCUCGGAGUCAACAUUGUUGGUGAUGCAUGCAGCAGCGGACUCGGACUUGCGGUGUCGACGUAUAUCGUUUAAAAUUUGUGCGGCGUAGUAUUUUUUUUCUUCUUCUUCUUCGAUUGGGAUGGUUGUACAGAUUGAGACUCUACUAACCACGGUCAGCAUACAGCUUGUUCGCUGCGGCUUGCUGCGGCUGCAAUCCGGCUGCGGCUGCGGCUUCUACAGUAUUUUUCUCUCUAUGGAUUGCAGCUGCAGCAGUCCAAACAGCUGCAACAGUGUCGGCUUGUAGCCAGCCGAACACGCCCAUAGGCUUUAGGUAGUCCCCGGAUAACUUCACGUGGGAAUGGCAGACCCUUAGUGCUAAUUUGGGAGCCACAAAACAAAACCGGAGGGGAUUAGAGGGGCUAAAAUCCCCUUCUUAUUGAAAAUUGAAUAUUUAUCCCCUCCGGUUUUUGUACUUCCAAACUAGCCCUUAGUUGAAUGUGGACAGGAGAUAGCUGUGCCGCCCUGCUGUCGUGUUCAUUGCUGCUUAGCAAUGAUACUUGGUUUUAAUGAUCAGGGAAUGGUUUGGACUUUGAAUGUUGUAUCUGAGCUUAGGUUUGGUUUGAAGAAUUUAGUUAGAGCACGUUCUUUGUUUCAAUUUUAGAAUCAAGUGUUUUCAGUUAUUUGCUACUUGGGUAUGAAGUUUUUCAGUUGCUAGUGUUGUGGAUCUUGGUAGUUUUUUGUUGGGCCUUUUUAGGGUCUGUUGAGGGGGAAAGGGUUUUUCCUACCUGCUAUAUUGCACUGGAAGACAAUGCAUUCUGCAAAUGAGUUUACAACACUAGCCAACAAGAGUUUGGUAGGGUUGUUGCGCUUGCAAUCAUAUAUCCAUAUAACAUCUCGUCAAAGUUAAUGCCAUUUAAUCUAUCCUUUUUGUGGUUGCUUUAGAUUUAUGAGUCUCGACAACUUAACUUUGCAAUAUAAGCUCCGUAACAAGGGCACGGAUGGGCACAGAGGAACAGAAACGCCAAACUCCAAGAAAGGCGCAGACUCGGUAACGGACAAGUAAAUAAAUGUGCUAGGGAGAGGUGAUGAUAAAGGAUAUUUGCUGACCAAACUUGCAGUAGUUCUUCUUUAAGGAAAUAGAACUUGGCGUCAUGACACAUAGAAAUAUGCUCUGGACACAUCAGUCUGUUAAUCCUGAAUGGGAGCAAAGACAUGCCCAAGUUCAACCAGGAAGUUCCUAUUAUGCAGGCACUGCAAGUGAUUCAUCCAACCUGGGUGUGCAAGUUGCUGUGGGAGUUCCAGGAAAUACUGCUAAUGUUGGUAUAUGUGAUUUGCGGAAUCAUGAGUGCCCGCAUGUUCAUAAUUCAUACCCACAUGCCGGUGUUACAUCAAGAUUUGUCUUCCCAACUACUAUGUACAACCCUAGCAUGUCAGCAGCAGCUGUCAACAUAUAUAUUCCUCAGACUCAAAGCUUUGGACUAGGCAGUGUGCUACCACCAUCUUUACAUAAUCAAGUUCCCACAGGAACUAUUGAUGAGAGUAGCAGCAGUGUCAAUUUUGGUGAUAGUGCUAUUGGAUUCAUGAAAAGGAAAAAUGCAGUAGUUGCUGGAAGCCAUCAUUUUCUUCAUGGAUUUGCUGGGUCAAGUUCAUCUGUUCAUGUGCCUCAGAAUCCUGUGCAUGGGCCAUGGAAUCCUUCAUCUCAAUCAAAUUGUUUACCCAGUUCUGCAGCUUCAAACCUACCAGAAUACCACAAUAGUAAUGGGUGGCCAUACUUAGAAGAAUCUUCUGCAGAUGCUUCAAACAGUUUCAGUUCUGUGGCUGCUUGCCAGGAGCUGGCACCUCAUGGUAACUAUUUAUAUCCAGCUUGUCACAUAAGCCAGUCCAAUACAUGGGUUCCACAGCCUGCAGGUUAUGGAGUACCACAGUGGGGAUAUAGUAAUGCAGUGGUCAAUCCUCCAGGAACUGCAGACAUGUCAAAUGGGCCACUGCCUCAUUUCUGCCAGAAUAGUAUGCAGGCACCUCAAAUACAAGUGUCCCAUCAACAGUUCAUCGGUAACAAUGCGGUGCAUGGUUUAAAUCCUUCUGCCACAGGCCUUCCUUUACAUCCAAGAAUGCUGGCUCUCCCAUUCAAUGCUGAGCACACUUUUGGGCAUCCAAUGCACCCACCUCUGAUAAACCAAGUUAACAAUGGGGCUUUAAGAAUUCUGCCAUACCAGAAUGCUACAGUGAUGGACCAUUCAAGGAUUUAUGAAGCAGGACAUGUUAUCGAUGAACAUAGCGAUAUGCGUUUAGAUGUGGAUAACAUGACUUAUGAGGAACUUGUAGCAUUGCAAGAGCAGAUAGGCGAUGUCAAUACUGGUUUGACAGAAAGCUAUAUCCAGGAAAACUUGAGGUCCAGUUUUCAUGUUCCAGGAGCAGCUAGCAUGUCUGAUCAGUUUUCUGAGCUUUCUUUGGAGAAUGAUGCUUGCAUAAUAUGCCAGGAGGAGUAUAAAGCUAAAGAACUUAUAGGAACCCUUGAAUGCGGUCACAAGUACCAUGUGAAUUGCAUAAAGCAAUGGUUGAUGAUGAAAAACCUGUGCCCCAUAUGCAAGACGACAGCUUUGUCAUCAGAUAGAAGGAACGGAUGACCGUCGCCAAUAAUGUUGUUGGUUGUUUACCGCGUGGCAAAUUAGCGUGGAUUUUGUAUAUAGACAUGGUUGCCUUUAUUUGCCCGUCCCCUUUGCUGUGGACAUAAACUGAGCUUCGAAACACUGUACAGAUAUUUUGUAGGAUGUUUUAGACGUUAAAUGGCACAAUGGUGUGUAAAGCUCCCAUGACUGCCUUGGUAGAUGCCCUCUUCCUUUACAUUGUACAUUGUAUUUAUCUUUACUCUUCAAAAAAAGAAGCUUGAAAACCGUAAGUUCUGUACAUUCUGGAAUUGAAAGAACCGGAAAUUUUCUUCA